AUGGCCGACUCCCAAAUCAAUCACAAAGAUGCGCUCGACUACUGGGCAUCGAUCGAUGCCGACGUCAACGGCAUGCUAGGCGGCUUCUCCUUCAUCUCGAAGGUGGACCUACAGGGCUCGAAAAACUUCCUUGCUAAGCUGGGAGUCGGGGGAGAGGGUGCGGGGAAGGCGAAGGUGAAGAUUGCGGUUGACUGUGGUGCUGGGAUCGGGAGAAUCACAGAGGGCCUCCUCCUCAAGGUCGCCAACACAGUCGAUAUCGUUGAGCCCAUAGUCAAAUUCACCGACAAUCUCAAAGGCAAAGAAGGCGUCGGUGAGAUAUUCAACACCGGUCUGGAGAACUGGUCCCCAGAGACGGAAUACGAUCUGAUUUGGAACCAAUGGUGCCUGGGUCACCUGACUGAUGCCCAACUGCAAUCUUAUCUUGAAAAAUGCGCGAAGGCGCUGAAUAAGGGAGGCUUGGUUGUGGUCAAGGAGAAUAUGUCUACGAGUGGGGAGGAUGUAUUUGAUGAAGUGGAUAGCAGCGUUACGAGGUGUGAUGAGAAAUUCAGGGAGAUUUUCAAGAAAGCGCGGAUGAAGAUCAAGAAGACUGAGAUCCAGAACGGAUUUCCGAGGGACAUACUUCCUGUCAGAAUAUACGCUUUAGUUCCCGAGGUCGUGAUCGUGGAUUAG